CGGUGUUUGUUUCUCAGGCGGAGACAGAAAGAGACGGACUGGGGUGUGUGCGUGCGCCACAUCUGGAAUAGUAGCCACAAGAGCAAGAAGUCGAGGCAAGCAGAGCCACACUCUUCACUUCAGCACUCCCUUUUUCACGGACAACAAACCUCUUUUAUCUACUUGAAAAAUGCUGCUCAUUCUGCUCGGGGUGCUUGUUUUGCACCUAAUCAUCCUCAUUCUUCUCAUUGUGUCGACAGCAGCCAGUGCCUGGUCUGUAGGUGGGGAUAUGAGCAGAGAUCUAUGGUACAACUGCAUGACAGCUAAUGGAGGCUACCACUGCAAGCCAGCUGGCAGUGAAGAAUGGAUCCAGGCGGUGCAAGCCCUCAUGAUCCUGUCCCUGCUCUUCUGCUUCUUCUCCCUCAUCGCGUUCGUCUUCCAGCUCUUCAAACUGGUCAAGGGCGGACGCUUCUUCUUCACUGCCAUCUUCCAGAUCUUGGCGAGUGUGUUUGUGAUGAGCGGGGCGAUCAUCUACACCGUGAUGAGUACGGAUUACGGAUCCAGCGCACAGUUCGGCUACGCCUAUGUGCUGGCCUGGGUGGCUUUCCCUCUCUGUCUCAUCAGCGGCCUCAUUUAUAUCGUCCUGAGGAAGAAGGAAUGAGAGCAGAGGAGUGAAAGAGGAGGGGGUAGUUAGGAUGCCCCUGACAACAACAUCGCACUGUGCCUACUGCCCACAGACCAGAGACUGACAUCCCAACAACGCAACAAAAGUGCAUGUGUCACUAAUCAUUUUAAACACUAAAUGGAGACUUUUUUUUUUUUUUACUGUAUUUCAGUAUCCACUACAUUCCCAUCACAUCACAUGCUGAAACAUAUCACACCAGGCUGAGUGUCACUACACGUGUUUCCCGCGGUGACAGAUUGUCUUCCGAAUGUGUUUAUAAAUGCGUUGGCGACAGAUUGGCUUUUGUUGCCCGCCGGCACCCGACUUCCACAACAUCCAUCACGUGUGAUAACGAAAGACGAGUCAUCAACGCCUUGCUUCAGUACAAAGAUGUACAUAGUGUCUGUGGUUUUUAGACAUAUUUAUAACAUUUUUACAUACAUUUUGUACAUAGUGUUGUCAAGUUAACAUUGUCAUGCUCAUUUACGUGAUAGUUUUUUUUUUUGUCUCUCACAAAUCAUGCAGCUGUGCCAAAGAGAUGUCCCCUUAACCCCGCCAGAGUAUCAAGCUUUUUUAAAUGUUUGUUUUUGAAUGCUUUGAACCAAGUGCCUUACUUAGAAUAUCUGUGUCGAAGGAAAUGAGAAACUCCUCUGAAAUUAAAAAAUAAUAAUAACAAUAAGAAGUUUUUAAUAAACUCAUGAAGUUUUUUCCUGAAUUAUCAUUGUGUACUUGAUAUGCCAAAUAAUAAAAAAAACGUUUUGCAUUUUUGUAAUCUAGUUUUGAAAAAUGGUGCUUUUUAUCUACUAUUCUUGAAAUGUAUAACCUAUCUGUGUUGCAAGUGUGUCGUGUCCUGUGAUUAAUUUGCUUUGUACAAACCCCAGUUUGCAUUUUUGUCAGUAUUCUUCUAAAUAAACCCCUUUUGAAAUUAA